AUGACCCAAUUCGAUCUGACCGUGGCUACUCGUGGUAGCCACGCUGCUCUGCUACCGGUGGUCCUCAUUGCUACCUCUAUCAAUGAGGCUCGCCCUAAUCCCGUCAUCAACAUCAAGUAUGAGGACACUGCUCUCCUCAACGAGGGUGACAAGGCUAUUCUGCAGCUGUCCACGGCUGGAAAGUCUGUGUUCGGCACCAUUCCUGCCAUUCAGGAGCUGUGCGCCCACUUCCCCUACCUGGUGGGCAAGGAUGCCACUGUGGAGAAUGAGUGGAUCUCCCAGCUGGAUACUCUGACUACUCUCGACUUCAAGGCUCUCGACCCUCUCCUCCAGAAGCUCGACACCCACCUCCUCCUCCGCUCCUUCAUCGCCGGAUAUGCUCUUUCCACUGCCGACAUUGCUCUGUGGGGUGCUCUCCGUGGUAACCGUAUUGCCGCUGCUGCUCUGAAGAAGGGCUCUCUUGUCAACCUGACCCGUUGGUACCGGUUCCUGGAGGAGCUGUGCCCGUGGACCACUGUUGCUAUCGAGCGUCUCACUGCUGCCGCCAAGGAGUCCAAGGUCGCCAAGUCCAAGGCCGGUGCUAGCUACGACAUUGCUCUGCUCAACACUGAUAAUGGUGUUGUGACUCGUUUCCCGCCAGAGCCCUCUGGUUAUCUCCACAUCGGUCACGCCAAGGCCGCUAUGCUUAACGACUACUUUGCCCACGAGAAGUACAACGGUACUCUUCUCCUUCGUUUCGAUGACACCAACCCCUCCAACGAGAAGCAGGAGUUCCAGGAUGCUAUUGUUGAGGAUCUGGCUCUCAUGGGCAUCAAGCCCAACAAGGUGUCCUACACUUCGGACUACUUUGACGAGCUCUACGCCUACUGCCUUGAGAUGAUCAAGACUGGUCACGCUUACGCCGAUGAUACCGACAAGGAGACCAUGGCUGCUCAGCGUAUGGACGGAAUCCCUAGCGCGCGCCGUGAGCUUUCUCCUGAGGAGAGCUUGGCUCGUCUGGAGGAGAUGAAGAACUCCACCCCCGAGGGUCUUCGCUGGUGCAUCCGUGCUAAGAUCUCUCCCGAUGACAAGAACAAGGCCCUCCGUGACCCUGUCAUUUACCGUUGCAACCCCCACCCUCACCACCGCACCGGCACCAAGUGGAAGAUCUACCCUACUUACGACUUUGCUUGCCCCGUUGUUGACUCAAUGGAGGGUGUCACCCACGCCCUGCGUACUAUCGAGUACCGUGACCGUAACCCCCAGUAUCAGUGGAUGCUGGAUGCCCUUAAGCUCCGCCACGUCCAGGUUUGGGACUUUGCUCGCAUGAACUUCAUCCGCACUCUGCUGUCCAAGCGUAAGCUGACCAAACUCGUUGAGAGUGGUGUUGUUUGGGGCUGGGACGACCCUCGAUUCCCAACCAUCCGUGGUAUUCGUCGCCGUGGUAUGACCAUCCCCGCUCUGCGCGAGUUCAUCCUGAAGCAGGGCCCCUCCCGCACGAUCACUCUGUUCGACUGGGCUCUUAUUUGGGCUACCAACAAGAAGUAUAUUGACCCCGUUGCUCCUCGUCACACUGCUAUCGUGAACCAGGAUGCCGUUAAGGUCACCAUUACCAAUGCCCCUGCCCCCUUCACUGAGGAGAAGCCUCGCCACGCCAAGAACGCCGCCGUUGGCAUGAAGACCAUUACCUUCGCUCCCAACGUGCUUCUGGAGCAGGUUGACGCCAAGUCCUUCAAGCAGGAUGAGGAGAUCACCCUGAUGAACUGGGGCAACGCCUUUGUCCGCAAGUUCACUACCGAUGCCAACGGCGUCAUCACUCACCUCGAGCUCGAGCUGAACCCCCAGGGUGAUGUCAAGAAGACCGAGAAGAAGGUGACCUGGCUGGCUGAGACUCCUGACCUGGUCCCCGUCGAGCUCGUUGACUUCGACUACCUGCUGAAGAAGGACUCACUGAGCGAGGAUGACGUUCUUGAGGAUGUUCUCAACUACGACACCGAGACUCGCGAGCCUGCUCUGGCUGACAGCAACGUUUCUCAGUUCAAGGAGGGUGAUAUCAUGCAGUUCGACCGCAAGGGCUUCUACCGCUGUGACCGUGCCUCCAGCGCUGGUUCCCCAGCUGUCUUCUUCAACAUCCCUACUGGCAAGGCUAAAUAA